AAAGUCCAUCCAUAGUUUGUCGUGAUUUUCACAAAAUUCAGCUAAUUUAGGAGAUUAUUUAUUUAAAUUAUGUGUGUUACGAAUGAACAUGUGUCACUGUGUGUAUUUUUGUAGUCUUAUUUAAUUUGUAAAUAAUACCGUGUAUUCUGUUUUGGAAAAAAAAAUGUAUUACAUCGUAUGCAGAUGCUUCUAACUUAUGUAUAUACAUAUGCAUUUAUGUAUGUAUAUAUGCAUUUUUGUUCGCUGGGAGACAUAAGCGUGUUUUUGUAAUUAAAUAGUACUAUUGUGAUUUUGAAAUAUAUGCGGAUAGCAUUUUCAAAAACAAAAGCUUUAAUUCAAAUUAAAUUAACCUGGAAUAAAUCCGGCUAAAAUACUCGCCCUCGUUAAAAAUGGAUUUAACAAAAGAUCAAGCGAGGUACUCAAGGGCAGAUUUGUUGGCCCUACGUUAUGAAGGAAGUAGUCGUCAGCGCCCCCAAUGUGUUAAUCGAAAUGAGCUGCAGACUUUAAAUUUUUGGAAAGUCAACGCCAGCGCCAAUGUUCCCAGCAACUAUGCAAAUCCAAAUAAAAUCAGCCUAUCCCCAGAGACGGAUAACUCCAGUCUGAGCAGCACCAAUAAUGGAUUAAUAAGCUCGAGGCGAGCGAUGCGAAAUCGGGAGCGAGCCAAUAACUAUUAUCAGCGCUUUGCGCCCAGUGAUUCCCACUCGAUGUGUAUCGAAGACAAGGAUAAAGACACACAAUCGACGCAAAGCGUUCUAGGUGGUCCAUCGUUCAAAUCGUCAAUCAUCGAUCAUCGGAGCAUAUCUUCAUCGCAUUUAAUGCCAGCAUUUGCCAAACGACGCUUUGCUGCAGUCAAUUGUGGUAAUGGCACGGAAAACAAUGACCCGAUGAACACCAAUUCUGACGAUAUUUCAGUCGGAGAAAAUAUGACUGUAGGGCUAGACCAUGCCUCCACUCCCACGCACAGCCAGGGUAAAGGCAUGAGUUCCCCCAGCAGGAAAGGUAGUGAAUGGGUGGGAGAGAGCUGUGAGAGACGUUCAAACAAUGUCCAACAAGAUCAUGACCAAUCUCUGGCAUCUUCACCGACGUUUUCGACAACUCGCCAGGAAAGGCGCAUUGGCAGCGGCCGACUUUUGCCCAGAUCCGAUAAUUGGGACUACAAAGGCCAACAGCAGGCAUCAUCUGGCAUUGAAAAGGAGAAGGAAAGAUCUCAGAAUGGAAGUGGAAGUAUUAACCAACAAAAUCCGAUCCAGAAUCAAAACCAGAACCAACAGCGCCCGCGGACAUUUAGUGGAAGACAUAGCGAUCGACUUACUGAGAAUAUAGGAGAUAGGAGGUUUCAAUACGACAACAAAAGAUCUGUCGACAGGCAAGGAAUGAGCAGUCGCCGGUCAUCAAACAAGGAUUCUGGAGGUAUCCAAGGUCGGGGAAAGCGCACAAACAUGUACCAUCAGCAUGACAGGCAUGAAGAACCCGAGUGGUUCAGUGCUGGCCCGACAUCCCAGCUAGAGACAAUAGAUUUGCAUGGAUUCGAUGAUCAUGAACACAACGAUGAGCGCUCGGAGCUUGAAGAAAAGGCAAAUCGAUUUCCGUCAAAGCAAAGUCAAGCAGCUGAGCGUCCUGUGGUCGACGGUGCCUCAAGAAGCAGCAGUAUAUCCAGCCUAAACGUAAUCGAACGGAAAACCAAGGACGACGUCAAAGACACUGGUGAAAGUGUACCCACGUUCAUUCAGCCCCCACUGGAAACUACCAAACAAAACAAAAACCAUCAGCAAUCAGGCCGUUUACCCUGUACCUCAAACUCCGAGGGUGAAUUCAACUUCGAUGCCUUUCUGAACAUGCACCCCCUGGACCCUACACUUAUGAGUAAUGACGGAGAUGAUCAGGAUGAAACGAAGGGCACGUCUCGCUUUAGCCGGUGGUUUCGACCCAAAGAAGCUGCAAAUAAUAAUGAGCCAUCGGCACUUCGGGAGCUAGGCGCACAAGAAACUCACGAUAUACCCAGUGUUAAAGACUUGGAAGCACAAAUGACUAAAGUGGACCUGCGUUCCGAUUACACGAACCCAAUGGCCGUGGCCUAUGGGGGUCAGCAAGCUCAAGUGGAAAAGCCAGUGGCCAGGGAUACGGAAGCCUUCAGAAAGCUCCUGCAGCAACUGGGCUCCCAAAGCAGCCAGCAUCAGAUGGAAAAUGAAGUUUAUCAUAUGAUAAAUGCUUCGAGCUCUGCAAUUCAAAAUACACUUCGGCCUCAUUCAAUGGAUCCUCAACAGAACAUACUUCGGGAUCACAGUCCUCAAAUGAAGGAAGAUAACAUGGAGUCAUUUCAACAACGCUUUAAGCAUAAUGACUGCAUGCCAAAGAGGAUGAAUGAGCCCAUGGUACAGCAGCAGCAUCCGCAGCUGCAACAGCAGCAGCACCAAAUCCAAGGUGUCAACACGCCUAAUAUAUUACUGGCACAGAAGCGAAUGGAAGUUCAUCAUUUAAUUCAAAGCAUUGCCCGAGGAGAUGUUUCGGUUGAGUUUCUAGAAAAGGAAUUGAGCAACCCCAGCACUGUGACUCACACAAAAGACGUCAUUGCAACCGUUCUUCGGGAAUUCUCAAAUAGUAGGAGAAAUUCUCUAGCCUAUAAGCCAGCAUAUCCGAUAGAUAUGGAUCACCACAGCUUGGCCAAUCUAUCGUUUCAUCAAGCUCAUCCCCAACAUCAGAACUACCCUGAGGAUCUAUUCCCACAAAACUCCAGUAACCAUGGGAUAAGUCAAAACAUUCGCCAUAGCAACUCGCCCACUCCACUGGCGUUCACGCCUACGUCUGUGCUGCGGAAGAUGACAGCUGAUAAGGAAACGCCUUACAAUCAGGCACACCAGCAAUACCAAAUGCACCCACAGAACACUAACACCAAGCUGCUUGGUCCAAACCCAAUUGGAAACGAACCGCAGGCAAUGUCCGCUCAACCUCGCAUGAUACUAGGUGGAGGAAACUAUUCCAUUAGUCCAAACAGUCCACAAAUGUCUCCAAAACUGCCACAGUCUCGUAAUCAGCAACCGAUAAAAUGGGCUCAUGGUCCGGUUCAAAUGGCACAAGGAAAAUCAUUUGGCCGUCCUAUACUAAAGGGAAGUCUGAACACUGUCCCGCAUCAACCGACUCCAGUACCGUUUGUUUCAAAAGCAGAGCUGCAACAGCAUCAGAACCAGCAAAGGUUUAAACCAAUGCAGCCAACGGAUUCAGUUUUGAACACUGAAAAUAUGAAUCAGAAUAUUCCAUAUUCUGACGGAAUCUCGCAAAUGCAACAUCACCAUUACCUACAACUUCAGCAGCAGUCACACCAACAACUCAGACACAGAGUAAUUCACGGUGCACAGAUAUCAUCGUCAAUUCCAGGUGGUGUUGACAUCUCGGAAUCUGGAAGCGUAAUCAAAAGCAAUUACCACAGAGACGAUCGGUUGUCAUCACCAACAAAUAAUCAAUUAGCUCAGUGGUUUUCUCCAGAGCUUCUUGCCAGAGCUUCUGCCGGAAAAUUGCCACUUUUAAAUAUGAAUCAAACCCUCAGCUUGGAAGAAUUUGAACGAAGCAUCCAACAUUCCUCGGCCGUAGUGCACAACUAAGCGUGUGUAGCGGUAAUGUAGCAUAGCCCCAACUACCGAGCUGCAAAAUAACGUUUACCAGCUAGCACAUUCAGUUGAAGGGUUCAAUCAAUCAGUUUUUCUUUUAUUUAUAUCUUAUUUUUACGCAUACUUAUGUGUUUAGUGACAUAGUGACGAGGAUACAUCCCGUCCCGUUACCAAAAUAAUUCCUUUAUUCCGGUACACGUACACUGGUAACUUCAUAUAAAUUAUAUAAAUAAACAUAAACUGUUUAAAAUAUUUCUUGAUUGUAGUUAAUCAUAUUGUAAAAUAUAUUUUACUGUAAAUAAUAUACUAAAUUAAUUAUGUAAGACAAUGAAAUACUGGUUUGAACUUAAACAAAAUAAACAAAGCAAGAAUGGAAUGGUCUUUCAAA